CUCUGCUUAAUGGUUAAUAAUGAAUACUGAAUGCAAGUCUAAUAUAGAAAUUACAGAUUGAAGAGGAUUGUAGUCCAGGAGGGUGCUAUAAUAUUCUUUUGGUGAUCUGUCUAGGACAGAAUCCAUCUUUGUUGCAGAGUACCCAUGCAUUUCUGGUUUAUCCUCUAAUGUCUUAUGUGGGAAUUAUUAGCAGAAGAAUUACAAAUCCCAAUGAAGUCCAUCAUCAACCUCUCCUUGUUACUGAUUAGUCUCCAAGCCCAUUGUCAUCACCUCCCAGGAUACAACAAUGAUCAGGAUGGUCAAAGUGAUACAAAACUACUGGAAUACCCACAUCUUUCUUUGGAAGAAGAACUGGUACAGAAUUCCCCAGACUUUCAUAAGAUAGUUCCCGGCAAUUCUGACUUUGCAUUCAAAUUCUACAGGACCAUAGCUUCCAAUGCAGCUGCGAGGAAUAUUUUUUUCUCUCCUCUUAGCAUCUCCACAGCCUUUGAAUUGCUGACCUUGGGUGCCAAAUCUGAAACCCAGGAUCAGAUUCACAGAGGACUUGCUUUUAACCUAUCUGUGAUUGAAGAGAAGGAGAUACAACAAGGAUUUCACUAUCUCAUCCACGCACUUCACCGUCCAAAUAACAAAGCACAGGUGAACAUUGGGAAUGCCUUGUUCAUUGAAGAGUCAUUGAAGUUCCUGCCUAAGUUUUUAGAGGAUGCCAACACCUUGUAUGAAGCCGAAGGUUUUCUCACUAACUUCAGUGUUCCCAGAAUGGCUAAAAAGCAGAUAAAUGAUUAUGUGCAGAAUAAAACCCAUGGGAAAAUAGCCCAUGCAUUUGAGGACCUUGAUCCAAAGACUGUAAUGGUUCUUGUGAACUACAUCUUCUUCAAAGCUUACUGGGAAAACCCUUUUGACACUCACUUGAUCAGGGAAAAAGACUUCUUUGUGGAUGAAAACACAACUGUGAAAGUCAACCUGAUGUAUCGAAAAGGCUACUACAAGUACCUCCAUGAUGAAGACUUGUCUUGCUGGGUGGUGGAACUUCCUUACAAAGGAGAUGCCGCUGCAUUCUUCAUUCUACCUGAUGAAGGAAAACUGGAGCAUGUGGAGGGUGCUUUGAGAAAAGAAAGUCUGUUUAAAUGGAUAACAUCUUUGAUGCAUGAAAAUAUACGUCUAUACAUCCCCAAAUUUUCCAUUUCUGCAUCAUAUGAUGUCAAAGACUUAUUGCAGAGACUGGGUGUGACAGCUGUCUUUAAUGCCUCUGCUGAUCUUUCUGGAAUUACCGGAGAACGCAAUCUGAUAGUUUCCAAAGCUGUUCACAAGACUGUGCUGGAUGUCAAUGAGAGUGGCACUGAGGCAGCAGCGGUCACCACUAUAGAGUUCAUGUUCCGUUCAGCUCUGCCUCCACCUGCACUUACCAUCAUGUUCAACAGACCCUUCCUGAUUAUAAUUUGGCAUAAGACAAUAUCAAGCAUUCUCUUCUUAGGAAAAAUCAUGAACCCUUCUGAAAACUGAAUAUCAGAAGAACAGAGGCUGAAAAUUACAGCCUUUUUAGGAGAUUAAAAAUGGAUUUCCCCCUUUGCAUUUUCUUGGCUUAGUCCCACUGGUGCCAUAACUAGCUGUAUUAGGGAUGAACAAGACAAUGACUGCAAAACCAUUUUUAUAAUAAAAAUGAUUUUUAAAA